AUGCGCCAGAUCUUGGCGCUCAAGAAGAUGCGGCUCCCUGAGGACGACGAGGACGUGCCCCCACCGUGCUUCGGGCUCCGGCACCAUGGUGUAGACGGCUUGCUGCCUCCUCUCAGCGGACCUCCGCACCGCGCGCCCGCCGUCGGCUGCAGACGCACUGCGCCGGGCCGCAAGCUCGCAGCCGCCGCCUGUGCCCCUACAUUUAAGGGGCGGAAGCAAAUUGAGAACCGUAGAGUGGUUGAGUUGGGUGGAAAGGCCGUUAAGAAGCACCGCACACCAUUAAGUGUCGCGAAGCCAGCUCUGAAGAAUCAGAAGAAAAGAGAGCAAAAGAAAAUCGAAGAGGAAAAACUACUUGGGAUCUUUAGGAAGAGGGACAAGAAUACCAAAGCUCACAAGACUAGACCAGAGGACCGAGUUCUUAGGGCCACAGAAGGGCGCUUUAAGAAUGGUAUACUGGACGUCAAGCAUCUUCUGGCUCCACCGAAACCAUCAGGGAGGGAUGCGCCGGAACCGAAGAUGAGAAAGGGCAAGCACAAGGGGAAGGGUAAACAGAAAGGUGGCAGAAGGAAGAGACGUUGA